UGUUGUGCAGCAGACCUUUCUGACACCUCAACUGUCUAUAUAUACCAUAGCUAAAAAUGCAGAUGAUUACAGCUGCUGCAAGCCUGCUCCUGUUCACACCAUGGCCACCAAAAUCAAAGCAGAGAAGCUGUGGAUGAUGCUCAAGUCCAGGUACAUCAGCCUGCACCACAGCAUCCCCGGCGCCACAACCUGCGACCUGAAAACCCAGGGGCUUCCGGUGCCGCCCCCACAGUGCCCGUACUCCGCGUCCACCCUGCCCGGACCCACCAACUGGCCCGUGCUGGGCAGCCUUGUGGACAUACUGCGCAAAGGAGGGCUGAAGAGGCAGCACCAGGCACUGGCCGGCUACCACAAGCAGUUUGGGAAAAUUUUCCGCAUGAAGCUGGGAUCGUUUGACUCCGUCCACAUCGGGGAUCCCUGCCUCUUAGAAGCCUUGUACAGAGAGGAGAGCAACUACCCUAAAAGACUGGAGAUCAAGCCCUGGAAGGCUUACCGAGACUACCGGGACGAAGCCUACGGUCUCCUAAUAUCGGAAGGGAAGGACUGGCAGCGAGUUCGAAGCGCCUUUCAACAAAAGUUAAUGAAGCCGACAGAAGUAGGAAAAUUAGACACCAAAAUCAAUGAGGUGAUGGUGGAUUUUGUGCAGAGAAUGGACAGCGUGCUCACUCCGGAGAAGAAGAUUGAAGACUUGUAUUGUGAGCUGAAUAAGUGGUCCCUGGAGAGUAUCUGCCUGGUCCUCUACGAGAAGCGAUUCGGCUUUUUACAGCCUAAUUUAGGAGAAGAGGCCUUGGACUUUAUCACAGCUAUAAAAACGAUGAUGAGCACCUUUGGUCUGAUGAUGGUGACACCAGUGGAACUACAUAAACGCCUGAACACCAAUAUCUGGAAAAAACACACCAAUGCCUGGGACAGCAUCUUCAGGACAGCAAAAUGUCACAUAGACAGAAGACUGAUGAAGCUCUCCAGUAAGGAGGACGAGGAUUUCCUCUGCACCAUCUACAAAGACAGCAAACUAUCCAAGAAAGAGAUGUACGCCGCCAUCACCGAGAUGCUGAUCGGGGCCGUAGAAACGGUGGCCAACAGCUUACUCUGGGCCAUAUUUAAUCUUUCCCGGAGCCCAGACAUCCAGAAUAAGCUCUACGAUGAAAUUCAAAGCGUUCUGUCGCCUGACCAGAUUCCAAGUGCGGAAGACUUAAAGCACAUGCCAUACCUGAAGGCCUGCUUGAAGGAAUCGAUGAGGAUAAACCCCUCCGUGCCAUUCACCACUCGCACUCUGGAUAAGGAGACCGUGCUGGGGGAUUAUGUACUGCCUAAGGGAACGGUCCUGACCAUAAACAGCCACGUGCUGGGCUCCAAUGAAGAAUGCUUCGAUGACUGGUCUAAGUUCCGGCCCGAGCGUUGGCUCCAGGACAAGAACACCAUCAACCCCUUCGCCCACGUCCCUUUUGGCAUCGGAAAGCGCAUGUGCAUUGGCCGCCGUCUAGCUGAGCUUCAGCUGCAGCUCGGUAUUUGCUGGCUCGUCAGGAGAUAUAACAUUGUAGCCACCGAUAACCAUCCCGUGGACACCAUCCAUUCCGGGACCCUGAUGCCACACAGAGAGCUGCCGGUGGCCUUCCUCCACAGGUAGAUCCAGUGUCUCGCCUCGUGACGCACUCGAAGACGGCUGAGCGAGCUGUAUCCAGUUUCUGCUUCACCUACUGCGCAGAUCCUGGGCCUUGAACCCUGCGAGAUAAGACGAGCGGCCGAUGUUUACAGCCCUCCCCGAAAAGUCGGAGCGCCGGAGCUGGCAAAGGUCGAUCCGAUGACG